CUUCUGGGAAGAAGUACUCUGGAUCUUACUUCGCAAAGAAAAAAGAAAGGGAAAGCAGAACGAGGAACUUGUUAGACUUUUCUCUUUUCUCUUUCGUGGCUUCCAAGGAGGGUCCGGCCAUCGCUCCCAUUUCCAUUUUCUCUUGUAUUUUCUUCAAUUGAACCCGGGACAAUUCAACUGAGAAAUAAGCAAAACAAUAUUAUACCCUUCACAAUGGCAUCCUCAUCCUCAUCCUCAUCCUCAUCCUCAUCACCAGCUAAGAAGCAGCUCAUCGUGAAUGCUUUCACGAUGCAAGCUCCCACACACCUUAACCCGGGUCUAUACCGCUACCCCAAAGAUAAAGGCAGUUCCUACAACUCGAUCCAGCACUGGAUCUCAAUCGCGCAGAAGCUCGAAGCCGCGAAGUUCCACGCUAUUUUCUUCGCAGAUGUCCUAGGCGGCUACGACGUAUACAAGGGACCUGCGAAUCUUGAUCCUACGAUUCCUGGCGGGACGCAAUUCCCUAUAAUUGAUCCGCUUUAUAGCGUCUCGGCCCUGGCGGCCGCGACGCAGAGCAUUGGAUUUGGAAUUACUGCAUCGACGACGUAUGAUUCGCCGUAUGCGCUGGCGCGUCGCUUCUCGACCGUUGACCACUUGAGCGGUGGCCGCGUGGGGUGGAAUAUCGUUACGUCGUAUCUGGAUUCAGCGGCGAGGAAUUUUGGACUGGACACUCAGAUUGAGCAUGAUGAGCGGUAUAGAAUCGCAGAUGAGUAUCUGAAUGUGACGUAUAAGUUGUGGGAGGGGUCUUGGAGGGACGGAGCUGUGGAGAAGAGCGAGAAGAGAUAUGCGGAUCCUCAUGCGGUGCGCCAGAUUAAUCAUGAAGGGAAGUACUUCAAGAUUCCAGGACCGCAUCUCGUUGAGCCUUCGCCUCAGCGGACGCCGUUGUUGCUUCAAGCGGGGACGUCUACGGCUGGAAAGGCGUUUGCUGCGAAGCAUGCGGAGGCUAUCUUCCUGAAUGGCCAUGCGCCCGAGCUCGUGAGACCCUCUGUCGACUCGAUUCGCAAGCAGGCAGCGGAGGCUGGGCGCGAUCCGUCCAGUAUCAAGAUCAUCGCUGGUGUUCUGGCUAUCGUCGCGGAGACGGACGAAGCCGCACAAGCCAAGUUCGAAGAGAUUGCUUCAUAUGGAGACGAAGAAGGUGCCCUGGCCCUCUUUGGUGGCUGGUCAGGUUACGAUCUUAGCAAAUAUCCCGAAGACCAAGACUUCCGUUUCGUCGAGCAGCCCGCGAUCCGCAGCAUGGUCAACCACUGGGCUAGCACAGUUCCGGGAACUGAAGGCAAGAAAUGGGACAAGAAGACCAUCGCAGAGUACCUGAAGCUCGGCGGUAACGGUCCCAAGAUCAUCGGCAGCGCAAAGACAGUGGCAGAUCAGCUGGAGAAAUGGGUUGAAGUAGCCGAUGUGGACGGUUUCAAUUUCAGCGCUGCUAGUAUCCCAGAGACGUUUGAGGAUAUCAUCACGUAUCUGCUACCUGAAUUGCGGAAGAGAGGGCUGUUCUGGGAUGAUUAUACAGUGAAGGGAGGUACGUUCCGCGAGAAUGUAUAUGGUAAAGCAGGGCAGAAUAGGUUGCCGGAUACGCAUCCAGGGGCGCAGUAUUUCUGGAAGGAAGGGGAGGAGGCGCCAAAAUAUGUGCUCCAGAAAGAGAAUUAGAACGUUUGAAAGGUCGUCUCGGUUGUGAACUCUACCGGUCUAGAGGAUUAAGAUGAAUUAUUCCAAGACUCGGCUUCAUCUAUGUAUCUUUCCUCCUUAUACGCGACUCCUGUCCC